GUGGAUUUACCGACACGCCGACGCGAAUGGAAAAAGGUCGGUGUUUUUUCCAUGUCCGCUGUACAUUCGUCGCUUCCCGAUUGCAACAAGGUUUGGAUAUAUUCAAAUUGACUCCACCGCCUUCCCGAUCGGAAUCAGAAUACAUUGUUUAAAAAUGAAGCAUCUAAUUUGUUUCUGAGUUUUUGUUGUUGCGGAUCAAAAUCAAGCGGGGAACGGAAAGCAAAGGAUGAAUGCAAUCAGAGACAAACUAUACGAUAAGCUUUCGAGUUUGUUUUCGGAUUCGCAGGCGCCUAAAGAGGCGCUAGAUCGAGAAUCUCCGACUAUAAAAUGCACGGAGGAUGAAAAGUCACAAAGUUCUGUACUUGCUUUCUUUCUACCCUCAGCAAGUCCCAAUUGGUUAAAGCAAAAUUCGCCUACAAAUGAGGUUCAAUCUCCCCGAUCAGAUUCAUUUAAAUGGAGAAGUAGAAGCUUCUCUUUGAAAGACAAGCCCUUGGAUAGGCCUAUGGAAAAUGACGACAGAUAUGGAACAAAGGAAGACAUAUGGUUGCAUGAAGAAAACGAGAAACACAGUUCCGCCAGUGGCCAUUUAGAAAAUGGAGAACCAGGCUCUGGGACGAGCACAAGUGGCAGCUCUGAUGUGUUCGAAGAUUUCAUGACCCCACAUACUUUUGAGAAGCCCAUGCCCGGCCUCAUGGAAGAAUCUCUUUUCAUUACUCCUGAUUUGUAUCGGUUCUUCGAGGCAUCCCUUCCUAAUAUAGUGAGAGGCUGUCAGUGGGUCCUGAUGUACAGUACGGUAAGAGAUGGCAUAUCACUACAAACACUCUUCCGGAAGAGCAAUGGCGCUACUGGUCCUUGUUUAUUGAUUACUGGCGAUAAAAAAGGUGCUGUUUUAGGUGGGUUAAUCGAAUGCCCCCUGAAACCCACUGCAAAAAGGAAGUAUCAAGGAACAAAUCAAAGCUUUGUAUUCACUACACUAUAUGGCGAGCCAAGGAUAUUCAGACCAACUGGGGCAAACAGAUACUUCUAUUUGUGCUUGCACGAUUCACUUGCUCUCGGAGGAGGUGCAAACUUUGCUCUGUUCUUGAAUGAAGAUCUAUUAACUGGAAGAAGUGGGCCUUGUGAGACGUUUGGAAACUUGUGUCUAGCUCAUGACGAGGAGUUUGAACUAAAGAAUGUAGAGCUGUGGGGUUUUACGCACUCGUCUCAGUACCUUCAUUGAAGAAAAAGAACAUAUAUUUUCUUCGCCCUUGGACGGUUUUACAAGGAACCGAUUCUUUUAUUGUAUUGCAUUGUGAAAUAAGUUGUGGAUCAGACUUAUCCUAAGUUUUCAGGUGUUUUUCAACACAAUUCGUUUGUAGUGAAAUCUAUUAUUGUUGUCACAACUGUGCUUCAUUGUAUUUUAAAGGGUUUAUUUUAAAUGCCUCUAUGAAUGUCUUUGGCUUUAUCAA